GCUAGGCCUGACCGUUCCAUUUUUUUCCCUCUAUUUUCCCUCUCAGAAAAUUCAAAAAGCCUCUCUUCUUCCCGGCAAACAAACUCCAUUUCCCUGGAAAAUUGAUUCAUCUAAAAGUGAGUCUUACUUUCCUUUUCUCUUUAACUCCAUUUCCAUUCGAAUUUUGUUUUCCUCAUUGAAACAAAAAGGAAUGGAAUCCGUGGUGGCGACGGUGAGUGGGUACCACGGUUCGGAGCGGUUCAACCUAAUCAAGCUCAUAUCUCAUGUGGGUGCAAGUUACGUUGGCUCUUUGUCUCAAUCAACCACCCAUUUGGUAUGUUGGAGAUUUGAAGGAAGGAAAUAUGAGCUUGCUAUGAAGUUAAAGACGAUAAUCGUCAACCAUAGGUGGAUUGAAGAUUGCAUAAAGGAAGGGAAGCGUUUGCCUGAGGGUCCUUAUAUGUUGCAAAGUGGAGAAGAAAUGGGACCUUUAUUGCUGGAGAUCCCUGAUGAUGCUAAAGGGUAUGCCUUGACUAAGAAGUGCAAAGUGUUUUCUGACAAAUCCAAUGUUUAUGAUGACGUUGGGAAUAAAACUAGUGAUGUUGGCUAUGGAGGUUCUGGUUUAUCUUCUUGGUCCAAAUCUACUUUGUUGGAUGAGAAUCUUUUUGCAGGGCUUGGGAAAAUCGGUUCCCAUAAACUGAAAUCUAAACCAUUUAGAAAAUCUUCGAAGGAGGAAAAUUGGUUAGGUAGUAGAAACUGCUUUCAGGAGACUAGUUCAACUGGAUUAGCUAGGAAGGAGUAUGGAGGGUCAUCAAGUGCUUAUGCUUCUAUGCCUCCUACGAGGAACAAAAGGAAAAUCUCAAAGAACAAAGAGCCAAAUGCUCAUUGUUCCUCUCAGUUGCUGAUGGAAGAAAGAAACAUACCCAAUGCUAGCAGAGACACUUCUUUGGCCGAAUCUUCUCAGAGAAAAGGACAGAGGCUUCUGAAGAAUGUUAAUAGAGAAAUUGUAGUGUUUGACCUUUCAGAUUCUGACCAAGAGUGCUAUCCACCAUGGGUCCAUAAGCAAUACAGUAGAGUUAUAAAUCCAUCUGAUCAUUCACUUGAUAGGAGGACUGUUAGUUUAUCUGAAAUUGGAGGACCAUCUAAUUUUGACUUCAGUAAGCAUAGGGGAGUAGAUAAAGAAAUUGAAGAAGUUGGGGAGAUCAAAUUGUGGAACCAUCUACCCCCUUCUAAGGAUUUAACUUCACCAGGGAAAGAUGCACCAUCUGUCUCUGGAAGAACUUCACCAGAUGGGUGCCCUGAUGCUGAGAGAGAGAGCCAAGGGGUUGGUCAGCUAGAGCUUGCUUCCAGAUUACCCACUUCAGUGGAAUUAUCAUGUGUUAUAUGUUGGACUGAGUUUAGUCCAACAAGAGGGGUUUUGCCCUGUGGACAUCGAUUUUGUUAUUCAUGUAUCCAGGAUUGGGCUGACCAUAUGACUUCAAGGAGAAAGACUCCAUGUUGUCCUUUGUGCAAGGCAAGUUUCAUGAGCAUCACUAAAGUGGAGGAUGCCGCCAUCUGUGAUCAAAAAAUUUUCUCCCAAACCAUUCCUUGUGCCACAUCAACAAUGGAUGUUUCUAUUCUUUCCAACCAAGACAGACCUGCUUUUGGUGCUCAGUCCUCAUCAGCUUCAGUUUGCAUCAAGUGCCGUUCUCGAGAACCUGAGGAUCUUCUUGUCAGCUGCCAUUUUUGCCAGAUACGAAAUAUCCAUAGAUACUGUCUUGAUCCCCCUUUAUUACCAUGGACCUGCAUUCACUGCAAGGAUAUCGAGAGGCUCAACCGUUAUACCUUCUAAUACACAUAUUUCGAUGCUGAAAAUUUAUCUAGAACAUGUCAUUUAUGACAGUUGCAUUCGUUAACCUUGAAUUGUCUAUAACAUGAUGUUUUUUUCUGUCUUCAACUAUCCUGGUGAUGGAUAUGCUAGCUGUUAUUGGAAUGGAGGUUCUUGUACACAUCUAGAUCUGUCAACUAUCCGAUUACAUUAUUAAAUUA